CGGUGAGUGCGGCGGGGGCGGCUCGGGGGGCACCGGAGCGGCCGCGGCGGGGCUGCCGGCGCAGCGGCAGGGUCGCCCGGAGCGGAAUAUCUCGGGCCGUGCGGGUCUGUCUGCGGCUGCGGACGCCGGCGCGGCUGGGUUGCCUUGAUUGCCGUUUUGUUCCGAGAUGUGUGUGUAGCUGUGGACUGAAAAGCCGUCAUCCCCACAGCAACGUUGUGUUUCUGCAAAACGGUUGAUUAUUACUGUAAUACAGAACAGUGAAGAUGACACCAAAACACGAAAAACAAGAAUUUGUAACUGUCCUGGUGCGAGACCCCAGGACACAGAAAGAAGACUCGUGGCAUUCUUAUAUAGACUAUGAGAUAUUUAUUCAUACAAACAGUAUGUGCUUUACAAGGAAAACAUCCUGUGUUAGACGACGCUUUCGAGAAUUCGUUUGGCUUCGGCAGAGGCUUCAGAGCAAUGCGGUGCUUAUACAGCUACCUGAACUGCCUUCUAAAACUCCCUUUUUCAAUAUGAACAAUCCUCAUCAUGUGGACCAUCGCCGACAGGGCCUGCAAGAAUUCCUGGAAAAGAUCCUGCAAGAUGCAUUAUUGCUGUCAGACAGUAGGCUUCACCUCUUCUUACAGACCCAGCUAAGCCCAGAGGAUAUGGAGGCUUGUGUAUCUGGACAGACCAAAUACUCUGUUGCUGAUGCGAUUCAUAAGUUCGCCUCCUUGAACAGGCGUUUUCCUAUAGAAGACGAAGAGAGAAAACAAGGAAAAAACGACGCGGACUCUGACUCAGAUCGUUCAUCCUCCAGGCUGGGACCCAGUGAUGACAGCAUUUCAUGUGCCUGUAAAGCAAGUCCAGCUUCUGAAGAAUCAUGAAAAAUCAUUCCAGUAUUGCUAUCUUAAGGACAGCACAAAGCAGUUUCUACUCUGUUUACUGGUUACUUGUACUACAUAAACACGGCCAGCUGGUAACACGUAUCUAAAAGGCGCGUUGUCAAUACAACCAUAUGUCCUCAGAAAAUUUUUAAAACAGACCUUGAUACUAUUUCUUUGAUUUAUUAUGUUUGUUGAUUCAGGUCUAUAUGCUACCUAUCACAUUUAGGUUUUUGUGACUAUUAAAAUCUCAGUAUUGGGUUAGUCAUGCUCUACUGACGUAUGUGGCAGUGAAAAUAUUUCCCUUAGUUAGUACAUGUCUCGAAUCUGGAAAAUAAAGGUAACUUGAUUCCUUAGCUUAAAAGUUGGUAUCUCAUAUCAAAUAUAUUCAAAGCAUCUUUUUGUAAUUUGCAUCAGAGAAGUUUCAUCUUCAGAAGUCAUUUGACAUUGGUGAUGAAAUUACAUACCCUGCAAGGUAUUAACUUUUUAAAGUAGCUCAGCAACAUCAGCAAAACAACAUUUGUACAAACUAUAUGCUGCUGACAAUUUGAGAUAUAAAUACAUCUUCCUCUGGUCUUUCUGUAAUGUUUAUGGAAAGCUUGGUCUUAUCGUGCAUAAGAACUGAAGGCCAAAAUUCUUGAGCAUGGUUGCUUAGAAGUUUGAAAUAUUAAUAAAAAUGACAUCACUUCUAGGCUUGCUGGAGAUUCUGUGUUCCCAGGGAAUUAAGGAUACUCAUUCCCGGUGAAAAUCCUGGAUGAGGUUCGUUGAAACCAGUGGCUGAAUUUUACAUCGACCUCACUAGAGCCAGGAUUUUAUUUUCAGAAGGUUUAUUUUAGGCACGUAUCUUUGAAGAUGCCAGGAGAUAUGUUUUAGCCUAGCAGCUGAAAUGGAGAGUAUCUCCAUCUCUUGAGAUGAUGGUAAUCGCAUAGCUAUAACACGCUGUACAGAUGUGGACCUCUCCACAAUUUGGGAUUAACAGGAGCUGCUGAUUUCAUUGUGGCUGUAGUUAAAAUGCUGGAAUAUCGACUUUUUCACAAAUAAAAGGCAGACUUGAACACAACUUUGUAAGCACCAACGUUUAUUUUGAUUAAAUGCCAGUUUUGUUCUUUAUUGUUAACAGCAGCUGUGUAGUGUCUUGUCCCAGAUUCUGUCAAAGGAAUAUGUUUCAUCGUGGUGUUGUAUUUAUAUUUGACAUUUAACUGCUAUUAAAAAGAGCUCGGGGGUCUGAUCACCCUAGCAAAGCUCUGAUGAACUUCAGUGUUGUAGCUACCAGCCUAGAAAUAGAUAUAACUAUAUGUAGAUAGGUAAUUCCCUUUUUUUAAGAAUUCAGUGAAGUUUUUCAAAGAAGGAGCAUGUGAAUUACAGAAGCAAUAGAUUAUUAAAUGGUCAGAUAAUAAAGGUUAUCACAGGCGUGUGUGGGCAUGCUUUUUUAAAGCAUCCAGCUGGGAAUCUGUGUAAUUUUAGAAACAUGUUUUAAUAGCCUGAGGAUAACAUCUCUUAGGUAAUUACUUUAAGCCACUGUAUUUUGUUGAUGGUAACACUUUUAUAGGAUAAAUAUACGUUUCUUUUUUCUUGAUCUUAUUGAAUUGCACAAAUAGAUAUAGUCACCUUCUCAGCUUGUGUGUGAGUUAGCAGCGAAGCUACUUUAAUGUAAAAGUGAUAUUUAAUUAAAGCAACAAGUUAUCACUCAAAGUAGCUUAAAAAAUAGCUGUUAUUGCCAGGCAGAGAUAUUGAUGACUUGACUUUUUUUUUAAAGAUAGCACGUUACAAGAAAAAGUGUUUAGCAAAUUUAUUUAAAAGAAGGAGAAAAUAUAAAAACAAAACUGGAAUAAUGUCUGAGAAAAAUAUUAGUGUUUUUAUUUAACACAGUGUCAGGUUAGUGGUUUUUUAUUUUGUUCUAAAACAUUGAGCUAAACUGUUGAAGCACUUUACAAUUCUGGCCUACUAACAAGUCCUCGAUAUUCAAUGAAAAUAACAGAAAUAAAAAGUUUUGGGAGCCUUUGUGGCUUUUUUUCUUUUUUUCAUUCUAGGAGCUUAUCUGUAUGUCAGUGACUGUUUCACAAAUGAAGAUGUUUCUGAAAUAAAUAUUUGUUUUCUAGUAGUUCUGUUGUUGUUCUGUUAUUUACUUUGUCACUCUGUUCAAAAAAUUCUAAGACCGCUAUAACACAAGUUUCUUCCCAGCUUUCACAGAAAUUUGUUUAAAUACUUAUUUUUGAAUGUUGCUGGUAUAGCCAGUGCUACUGGAUUUUUUGUUAUUAAAGGGGAAGAAAAAGUAUUCUGUGCUCUAGUAUGUUGUCUUUGUGUAUCAGCCAUUUGUAACUGCAUAUAUAUGCUUUAAGACAGUGUUUAGUUUGGAACAUCUGAAUGUGUUAGAAAUUUGAAUGUAAAAAAUAUUAUUUUUAAUGUAUUUUGUGACUUCAGUGAUUUGGUGAUUUUUUUUUUUUUUUCAACACUAUGUAAUAUAUUUUGAUUAAGUUGAUCACUGGUAUUUUGAUUCAAAUUUUUUAGUUUUGAAAUAAUGCUGAUAUUUCCUGCUAGUUUUUUAAAGAGGCUAAUAUCUAGUUUAUAAUAUCAUCUAAUUACUAUUGCUAAUUUAUAUCUAAUUGCAAUAAUUCUGCACCCAAAAGCUUAAGUUUUUUGCUUGUAACUUUUUAUUCUCAUUUUUAAGUGAUUAAAUAAAACAAGUUACUGCUUUCUAUCUUGUGUUUAAA